AUUGAACAGAAUUUAUCGAUUCACAAAACCACGUAGCCCAUCAGUCUUCCUUAAGGAAAUUUUUGAAUGAGUUUCAAUGGCCCGAAGGCCAUCUCAACAUCUAAUAUGCCCAAAGGAAAGCGUACGCAGGAGACGAAGGACUUGGAGGACCAGUUGCGCAGCAUGAUCCUGGGCAAUGUGCGCAUAAACUCUGAAAACACUCCACAAGGACGGCCAGCCCGUGGAAGAGGACGUGAUUCUCAUGUUGCCUUGAGUAUGCAGCAUACGACCAGCAAUAUUUCUCCGGGGCCUUCAUUCAUCGAAGGUGGCAGCCAACCAUCACCUAGUUACAACAGGAAUGGUCAUUCGUCCGGCCCUCAGGAUGGCGAGUACUCGCUGCAGAAUCCGCAUGGGAAUCACCGAAAUCAAGGCAGCGGUAACUUUCAAGGACUUCGAAGUCGAGGACAGCAUUACUCUCAUCCUAGUCCCCGUGAUCGAGGGUCGACUGGUGGAACGGUACACCCAAACCUGUAUGAUCCAUCACAGUCCCCACAGAACCAAAGGUCACCAAGACGUACGCAAUCUCAAUCGCUUUCCUCUCCUGGAGCUGGCCCUGGUGGGCACCGAAACGCUGUCCCAACAAUUGCUGCGUUUAUUGCUCAAUGUGAGCUUCUUGAUAUUCUCGCGGCUGAAGAAAUUCCUAAGAUUGAAAUGUCACAAGCAGAAUUUCUCCAAAAGGAAGCCUUUCGUGCAAGGCUAGAGGAUAUUUGCAGAGAGGAAAUUCAGAAAGAGUAUCCUGAUUUGACAACUGUGCCAAAUCUACGAGCGUAUGGAAGUAUUGUUUCAGGUUUUGCCACUAAGGGUUCUGAUGUUGAUCUUACUAUCGUGUGGUCUGGUCCAUCGCGUGAUGAUCCUGAGUUCAAAGCUAAGCUACCACGUGUCGUAGAGUUAGCUAUUUUGAAGGCAGGACACGGUGCUCGGCUUUUAAGCAGAACAAGAGUGCCCAUCAUCAAAGUCUGCGAGCAGCCUACGGAGGAUUUGUAUGCAGCUUUAACUGAAGAGCGUCAGAGAUGGGAAGAGCUGCCCGAAGAGGAGAAAUAUCCAGAACUAACUCCGCCGCCGGAAUCGCCCGUCGAAAGGGAUAACAGCUCCAAAUUUGCACUGAAUGAGGACGACGCAGUGCCGGAGGCGCGGGUUCCGCUUGAUGUUGACCAUCACGUAUCUCGCGGGGGAAGGAAAAUGGAAGUUACGAAACGAAUUACGAUGAAUGACGACCCUGUAGGCUUCUUGCUACAGCUGAAAACCAAACGACGCACAGAAGACGAGGAUCUAACACGAUACUGCACACAAUUUAUCAACGCCAGGAGAUUUUCACUACAAGCCUCGGAUAUAGAUGAUCAAACCUACGCAGAAUGGUUUCUCGAAGGCCUCCCUACGUCGGUCGUGAAAUCGAUCGUCGACAAUCGCUCGGUUCAAUUAAAGUCAGAUGCUUCAUUCACCGAUCACACUCUGUUCGAGCAAUACUACGAAGUAGCCCAACCAAUCAUAGCAAGCCUCAAUACUGCUAGGGGGAAGAAGGAGAGACCGUGGCUUCGUGAAAAGGCGUUGGGUAAGCUUGACUUUCCCAAAAGCGGUGUGGGAAUCCAGUGCGACAUCAACUUUUCAAACCCACUUGGCAUGCAUAACACUGAGCUGCUGCGCUUAUAUUCUCUAUGUGACUCUCGCGUACGGCCUUUUGUUCUUUUCGUUAAAGCCUGGACAAAGCGACGAAAGAUAAACAGUGCAUAUAAUGGAACUCUCUCAUCUUAUGGAUAUGUCCUUAUGGUCCUUCAUUUCCUCAUCAACAUCGCACAACCUCCUGUUCUUCCGAACUUACAGCUCGUAUUUGGCGCAGGCGAGCGGGAGGUUCUCGUUGAAGGGGGUUACAACAUAAGUUUCUAUCGAGACGAAGCCGCAAUCCGUCAAAUGGCUGCCACGCACCAAUGGACGCAGAACACUGAACCUCUUGGCGUCUUACUACGGAACUUCUUCCACUACUAUGCAGCACAGGGUUCGCACGUCAUAGGGACAGGCUUUAAUUGGAUGCGCGAUGUCAUAUCCAUACGCACCCCUCGUGGUAUAAUGUCGAAAGAAUGGAAGGGCUGGACUGGCGCAAAAACAGUUCAUAUGGACGGGGGUCGGGAGGUGCGGCAGAGAUACCUGCUUGCGAUCGAGGAUCCGUUUGAAAUCGAUCAUAAUGUAGGCAGACCUGUCACACACAAUGGAAUUGUGACGAUUCGUGAUGAGUUUCGAAGGGCCUGGCGGAUACUAAGCGCAGUGGGGCGAGGGGUGGAGGCGGAGGGGGGGUUAUUUGACAACAUCAUUGAACAAGAGGAGGACAAGAGGCAGAAGGUAGAGGAAGAACAUCGUACCAUCACGGCUUCCACUUGAGGAAGUGACAAAGUGAGGGCAAGAGAGAAACAAAAAAUUCAUGGCAUUGGGAUGGUUACACACGAGUAAUGAAAGUAGCUUAUGUAACGAGUUGGGCACUUGGUACACAGUUGUACAUUAAUGGAGUCAUACCUGACCGAACGCCGACAAGACCAAAGACAUUAUGACAUAGGCUUUGAUGAUUAGGUCAAGAAAAACCUUCGCAGCGGCACUCCUCGCUCGCGCAGAGCUUCUGCGGACAUUCUUGGGUCAGAAUGAACAUACCGAUC